AUGAAAGGAGAAAUUAGCUACCAGAGCGAUUCAUCACCAGCAACAAUAAGCGCUUGCAAUCGUGUUUUUGUUGAAGAAAAAAAGAUCGCUGAAAGAACAAUUUCACCAACUGGUAACAUAACGGCGAAGCUACUACAGCAAGACACAAUACAAACUGCCGAUGCCAGACUGGAUUUCUCGAGCGAAGCAUCUACUCCAGUGCAGGGACCACCAGAAUCAAAUUUUAUCGAUAAUGACGGUUUUGAAUUGUCAAAAUUGGAUGUUCUCAGUGAAGAAAUUUGGUAUUAUCACAAAGCUAUUACACAAACGGAAGGCGUUCUCAAUCGCAAACUUCAUCUUCGCGAUGUCCUUUACUAUGCCAUUUCGCCUGUUUUUCCCAUGUGUGGUUUGUAUGUGGUAGGUUCAUCACUGAAUGGUUUUGGUACGAAUAGCUCUGAUAUGGAUUUAUGUUUAAUGAUAACAAAUAAAGAUUUAGAUCAACGAACAGACGCAGUGGUGGUUCUAAAUAUGAUCCAGAGUGCUCUAGCUGAAACGAAAUGGGUUUCUCACAUGCAACUUAUUCUAGCUAAAGUGCCUAUUUUGCGUAUACGUUUUUACGAACCCUUCACUGAUAUCACUGUUGAUUUGAAUGCCAAUAAUUCGGUUGCUAUACGUAAUACGCAUCUGCUCUGUUAUUAUUCGUCAUUUGACUGGAGAGUUCGGCCAUUGGUGAGUGUUGUCAAAGAAUGGGCAAAGCGAAGAGAUAUCAACGAUGCGAAUCGUUCUUCCUUUACAUCUUAUUCGCUUGUUUUAAUGGUUAUUCACUAUUUGCAAUGUGGCUUGAAGCAGCCAAUUUUACCAUCGCUGCAGGUAGUAUAUCCAAAGCGAUUUAGUGCGAGUGCUGAUGUACGCUCGCUUAAUGUUUCAAGUCAUCUGGAACCGCCACCGGGAUGGGUAACCAACGAAACGAUAACGCUUGGCGAAUUACUUAUUGGUUUUCUCGAAUAUUAUGCGUUUAAAUUUGACUAUUUGAAAGAUGCGAUAUCGGUACGUUUGGGUAGCAAAACAGAACGUACGGUGGUUGCACGACAGCCCUCACCUUACAAUAGUAAUAUUGCUCAGUGGAAUUGCAUUUGUAUAGAAGAACCGUUUACUUUAUCAAAUACGGCUCACUCUGUCCACAACCAGAUGGUCUUUGAUGCGAUUCGUCAGGCAUUUAUUGAUGGUUGCUAUGAACUGGAUGGCAAUCGUGAUCUGAAAGCAUUCUUGGAUGUUGGACCAAUUAAUGUCAGCAUUGGAUCAUCAAUGGGCUCAAGUGCACAGCUGAGCAUCUUAGCGCAGUCAGAAGCGGGUUCACCAACAACGACAAGUUCUGGUGAUGUGACACUAACAAUCAAACAUUUGCUAACAGUUUCGCCGCAAUCAAACAAGAAAAAAUAUGAUCUCAUGGAAGGAGAUGGAUCACUACCUCUUGAUGCGGAAUCUGAAAUGGAGGUGGAAACAGUUGUGGCUGUUCCACCUGACGAACCAAUUAGCAUAGAGCGUGAGAUGAGCCAGAAAAAUGCACUAGUCAACUAUGAGAAUGAAAUAACAGUUAUAGCUAGCGAUGGGAAAACUCCAAAAAGUACCAGUGAUUUCAUAGAAAAUGUGUUACCAUCAAGAGCGGGAUCUGAUACUACAUCGUCUAUGUUUGUUGAUAGUCGAAUAACUGCAGCAAGUAGCGAGCAAAUUUCCAAAACCAUACUCUCUGAACGUCAACCAAAACAGCUGCAGAUGAAAUCUUGUAAUGAAAAAUUGCAUGUCGAUUCAGGAGGAUCAUUUGAGGUCCUUACUAAGCAGAAAAAUGCACUGGAGCAGCAGCAGUUUGCAGGUAAAGUAAUUGUUCAACGAAGCCGUAAGGCUAACCGUCGUAUGCACGGUUCUAUGGGAUGUGCGGGUCGAAAUAAUUUGAAUAAAUCGAGUUUAGGGCAGCCAGUUGUACGAAUGAGCUAUCGUUCUGGUACUGCUUCAUCUUGACCACCCGACUCAGGGUAAUAUGCUUAUGACAAAAUUGUUGAUGCA